UAGACGCAGUGCAUUGCACAUGUGUACGUCCUACCGCGGUACAUUCACGUAGUCUCAUACGUACAUGUACAUCACGUCGUUGGCCUCUACGAGUUAGUUAUUUUUCACGAUCUUCACAAAAUAUUUGCAAAGAAGUGUUCAAGAAAGGAGGCCCAUACACGUAGAAUCCAUUUUUGAGUGAGAUAAGAAGUUCAUAUCGGUACCGGUACGUGUACAUCAACCAUGUUUGCCACACCACGAAAGCAGCAAACUACAUGUAUUGACAAAGAGAAUGUCAACUCAGAGGCGAAGACACCAGGAAAGUCUUUAAAUCUCCUGGCCACUCCCAAUAGAAAGCCUCUAUCCAGUCUGAACCAAGAUGUAACAUCUCAAAGCUGCAAGUCUUCACAUUCAGGAAAGAUCUUACCAAAGAUAUGGACACCUUUGAAAGACUGUACCCCCAAGAGAUCAAACCCAGCGAGCAAGACUCAUGGAACACAAAGCAAGAGUCUCAGGAAAAGCAAAGGUCAGUCUGUCUCAUUUCCGUCUAAGAGCUCACUAACUGUCACAGAGGCUGCUAAAUCUCUCCUACAUGUAAGUGAAGUCUUCUUGAAAGAGAUCACUGCUGUCUCUUAUGCUUCAAAGAAGAAUGAGACCGAAUCCGAAUCCAAGGAACUUGUUCCCACCGCAUCUGAUGGAGACCAUCUAUUAAACCAGACUGUGAAAAGACUGGUUUAUAGCACACUAGAUGCUACCAUGCAAGAAUUGAGCAGUGAACAGAUGCACCAAGCAACCCUCUCAUGUCCUACAUGUGUAACAACCAUCAAGACAGAGCCACUAGCUCUCAUUUCUAGAUCACCAACUACUGACCGCUUGUGGAAUAUUGCAUUAGGGCUGGAUGACUCUUCCAACAACUCGGCCCUUCUCAUGCCACAGGGAGUUACCAGUUUCUUCUUGGAAAACACCCCCUCUCCCUGUGGCAUUGCAUGUACAUCUGAAGUAUCCUCAGUCAGAGAAGUGAAGAGAGAUAGUACCAGUAGAAUGGAUUCAUCACCCAGCAUGGUGGUGGGUAAAUCAUCCUUCAUACCUAUAUAUCUUGCAAAUCAGGAGACAAGACUUGGCAUAAACAUUCAACAAGACAAGGCAACACUACAUGUACAUACCGUUAAAGAAGAUGGCGACAGUCGCAUGAGUCCAGCCAGACUGGUGCAUAGUCUACCAGGACCAACUUCCAUUAUUUGUAAUAAGACAAGUCUGAAAAAUGAUUCCACCAUGGCAGAAGUUCACAAGUUGGAAACAGUGACCAAAUCCCUAGUUGAACUUGAACCACUGAUGCAGGUGAUGCCAGCUCAGAAAGCAAGUAACAACUCAUGCAUGGUUCCUAUUGAACUGCCUGGCACAAGUUCCGACAUUGUAACACUUGAAUAUGCUGACUCUGGAACUGCUGUAGAUAGUCAUUCUGAAACGUCAGCUUCCCUUUCUACCAUUGUAAUGGACAGCCAUGUCAUGACUACACCUAUUACAGCAACUAACAGCACUUCCAUGGCCACACCUAUUCAGUUUUCUGAUGCUGGCUGUAGAAACACACCCAUUAAAGUGGCUGGUUGCACGACUGUGACCAUGCCUACCCAUCCAAUUGAUGCUGGCAAUGAAACCACACUCAUUGAAGUGACUGAUUAUAUGACUAUGACCCCACCUGCCUGUUCAGUUGAUACUGGCAAUGGAAUCACACCCACUGAGCCAGUUGAGGUUCUCAACCGUGUCAACAAGUCUGUCAAUAUGACCCCAGUUCAACUGAGAGACUCUGCUGUUGGAACCUCACCUGUAAAAUAUGCUGAUGCAAAUUUUGGCACCACACCUGUUAAAGUGUCAGAAAGUUUAACAGCGACCACACCUGCUAAUUUAAUUGAUGCAAGUGUUGGACACUCACCCAUUAAACCAGUAGAAAUGCUAAACAAGUUAGUCAUGGUGACCCCCAUCAAAAUAUUGAAUGCCUCCAUUGAAACCAUAUCAGUUGAAUCUUGUGAAGCCAAGAUUGGUACUACCCCUGUUAAGUCAGCUGACGUUGGUCUGUGUACAGACCCAGCUCAGAUCUGUGAUUCCUCUACCGCAACAAGUCCAGUAAGAGUCAUAGAUGUUGGUGUGGGUACUGACCCACACCAGACUGCAGAUAUAAAGUGUGGCCCAACACCUGUUAGAUUGGUUGACAUGAAUUGUGGAACCACACCACAUACAUCCUUGGAGGCAAGCACUUCUACAACACCUGUGUCUGUAAAUGCUGCAGAGACACUCACGUCACCAAUUGUAGUUCCUGCAUUUAAACUAGAAGCUGACAGUCCCAGCUUACUAGAUACAACCUGCCUAAUGAGUCAUAUGGAAUCAGCCUCCAUCAGUAAUGAACUCCUGCGUCGUGAGAUUCAGACAUUUAAGUCAACCCAGGCUGAACUACAGAGACAGCUAGAUGGAGCUAGGGAUCAGUUGAAGGUGGUAGAAAGGGUGGAACAGUUGGAUCAGAGGGUGGAAUUACGACAAACAGCAAAGGAGACAUUACAAAAUGAAGUUGACAAAUUGCUUCUUCAAGUUGGUGAGCUGAUGAAUCAGCUAGCUAUCCUACAAGCAGCCUUAGAUCAGAAAUCCUGUGAGUUAGCGAAUACCCAGCAGGAGAAAAUGCACCUGAGAGAUCAGUAUCAAAAGGAGCUACAUAACAUGCAGCAAGACCUAUGUACUGCUUACAAACAACACCAGCAAGAAGUGUCUGAGAUCCAUGCAUUCUAUAAGAAGAACAACUAUGAGUCUCACUACAAGAGAGCUAUAGUUACCAUUGCUGAACUGCAGACAGAGAUACAGGCCUACACUGACUUGAAGGACACACUGCAAAGGGCUGCAGAAAUUCAGGAACAAUUUGGAUGUAUCGAGGAAGCUUACAGCCUGGUAAAUGCCCUCUUUAACAGGACAAUGGACAAAAAAGAUGAACUCGAACAAGAGCGGAUGGAAAUCGUUGAUCAUGUGAAUCAGAUUAAGACAGAGAAUGAGCAGCUAAGACAGCAGUUACAGAUAGCAGAGGAAGAGCAGCAAUGUCUUCAGACACAGCUAGAUGAUACCAUCUGUGCAGAGAAAGAGGCCCUGAAGUGUCAAGAUCAGCUGCUGCAAGAGUUAAAUGAAACAUCACAAACACUGGAUGAAAUCAAGUUGGAGCUACGAAGUACAAGAUUAGAAUUACUUGAUUAUAAAGAUAACUACGAGACUUCCAAAACCAAGAAUGAGGAGUUACGACAGGAAAGCAUUAAUUACUUCCUGAAAGAGUCUACCAUGGAGGCUGCCUUAGCUCUUCAGGGUAAACAGUGGCAAGAUUGUGUGGCAGAGGUGGAAGUGUUCAAAUCACAGACAGAAGUCAACAUUCAGAAUCUAAUGCUGGAGAACACGAGACUCCUUGAUGUUAUUUCUAGCAUGAAGCAGCAACUUUCUGCAAGCCAAGAUCUCAUUGCUUUGCUGCAGUCCGAGCUUGAAAGAAAUAAUGAGAUAUUAAAUCAACAAGUAAAGGAACUUGACAAUUUGAAGGCAGAGUUGGAGAUGAAUAGAGAGGCAAGAGUAGAUGCACAAAGGAUGGCAAACCAGAUGCAGACCCUUCGCAAGCAGUUCAAGGAAAGCAUUGAAUUCCUUGAGGAGGAGAGAGUGGCCCUUGUUGAGUCAGCCCGUGAAGUAGAAGACCAACUCCAAGUCACUAACUUGGAACUGUCUCGCCUUAAAAUGGCACUAUCCAAUGCUGAGGAGGUAGGAUCACAGUGGAAAGGUGCCACAGAAAAUUUAAGUGAGAAGCUUCAGUCCUGCCAGAGUGAGUUAGAUAACACCAAGGCCCAUGCUCAUUGGAUGCUACUCAACCAGGCUACUGAGAUGAGAGACGCUUCUGAUGGAUUGGCAGCACUACUACAGAAGAUGCAAGGUAUACACAGUUGUCUCAACACAAGCAAAGAGCGUGAGCAGUUGAGUAACGAGGCAUCUCUACCACAAGCAGCUUCUGAACUCGGCAUCAAAACCAAGUCAGUGUCACAAACAGAAGCCCUUUUUCCUUCCAGUUCCCUGGUGGCCUCUAUCCUUAGUGCUGUCCACUCCAAAGAGAAAGAUAUCAAUGAUGAAGACACAGCAACAGAGCAAAAUCCAUGUAACUCGGGUAAACAACUGCCUCGUAGCCCAAGUCCCGAAACCAAGCUCACCAUUGGUGCUUCAGGAAGUAGUGCAUUUAUCUCUGUACAGAAAUCAACCAACAAGAGUGCAUGUACCACAGAGGAAGUGUUGAAGGAAAGAACAGAUAACAGUGUAGCCUUGAUAGAACAGGUUGAGCAAGUGAAGACAAUCUUUGGACAGAUGAUGAAGGUGUUACUGGCCCGCAAUGAGACCUUAGAGUCAGUAGUCAAGGAUCUGAAUCAGAAAAGGACACAGCUUAAAGAUAAACUACAGAAAUCACAGGGGCAGUAUGACCGUGAGCUAUGCAUCAUUCAUGAGCAGCUGCAUCAAUCUGAGAUGCAGGAGCGCCGACUGCGUCAGGAAGUUGCUAAUAGCAACGCAUCACUGACUGAGCAGCAGCAAGCCCUACACUAUGCCCAGCAGCGACUACAAGCCAUGGCUGAAAACUUAGGAAGAUUCUCUGACCAAAAGUCAACCAUUGAGAAACUCCAGCGUGAGACUGCCAAACUAACAAGUACUUUGAGAAUUGCCCAGAGGGAGAAGAGCCUAUUGCAAGAACAACUAGACACCAUUUUGUUAGGCUGUUCUCAAUCCAGUAAUGAAGAUGCAGUAGAUGAAGGAAUGACAUCACAGCCACUAGCAGUUAACAGCGAUCUAGUGAGGGAAAAUCUCAGCCUCAAAAAAGAGUUAGAAAAGUUGCGUGCUCACUUGGUUGAUCGUCAGGAACACUAUGAAAGACUGAACACACGAGCUACCAAACAUAUGCGUGUGUUGGAAGACAAUUGGCAUAAGGCAGAUGCUGAAGUGUAUCGUCUGGAUGAACUAUUUGAUCACUGCAAACAGUUAAUGGAGAAAAUUCCUGCAUCAAGUGAUUUUGAUCCAAACAUGUCUGCCUUGAGGGAACUACUCAUUUGAGUCACCUGGUCCAGUUAUUGAUAGAAACAUCAUCUUAAGACUAAUAUUCUCAUCUGAGUUUUGUGUUGGCACUCAUGUAAAAAUGUUUAUCAUGAUCUUGUACAUGUAUAUAGACUCUUUACCAAACAGUAUGUUUUUGCAUGUUUCAUUUCUACCGUUGUACAUACAUGUAGGCGGUUUUCAGUAAGGUUGUGCAUCAGCAAAAUACAUGGUUCUUUUAAAUGUACUGAUAUCUGCAAAUGCUGUCUGGUUUCAUCUUCAUAUUUCAGACUGAAUGGAAAAACUUGACUUACUCUAAGUCAAUCUACAUGUAACAAGUAACAUUUAACCACAUUUGUUUAACUGAGCAUGAUCUUUGGUUUUAUUGUUGAAAAUGAGUUUCAAUUAAGUUACCAUGUUUUGUGAAUGUUUAAAGGUUUGCUUUGUUUCAGAAAUUUGCAUGAGUUGCUUUUUUAAGUUAAUAGGCAGUAGAAACCUGUAUAAAAACUGUUUGGACAAAUAUUGAAACUUCACUGACAGGUGGUAAAUGGCAAUUAGUUAACAUUCUGUACAUUUCUAUACUUUCUAAAGUUCACAAGUAUAGAAUGCUGUCAUAACCUGUUUCAUUAGUUAGGUAUGCAACUUUUCCUCCAGUCGGCUGAUUUCCUCGUUUUAACUUCCCACUCAUGUCACUGAAAUUCAAAAACACUGAACAAAGCUUGUACAGACUGGAAUUUCCUCAUAUUUUGUCAUGGUCCAAGUUGCAUGCAAAACUGGUUAUGUUAUCUGCAAGAUCCUCAAGACUAAACACUUUCUGCUGAGGAGUUAACACCUUUCUUUGAUUGUAGUAAUCUGACAUGAGGGUACGGAAAGACGAAUAUAUUACUUUUUGCUCACGAAUUAAGAUUGACAACUUAGACUGUGUAGACUAAAAAAGUACAUCACUGUUGCUUAGGCAUGUUGACUCCAAAAAUGUAAAAGAUAGAGUCUCAUCACACGCAGUAUUAAUUCAAAAGAAAGAUUUAAUUUUCCUAAAAGCUGAAGUACGGCAUACAGUAAUUUAGAUACAACAUGUGCAUGAAGAUUUAAUGCAUGUAGGUAAUUUAAAUAAUGUAAAACAUUUUGAAUGUUAACAAUGCAUUUCUGAAAAAAAAAUGAGAACCAGUAGGAAACCAUGCACAUGCAUGAGGAUUAAUACCUGUAUGUGUGAA